AUGGCAGAGCUUGACGGUGAUGUCCUUCCGAAUAUACUGAAAAGAUUGAAUGUGAGGGAUCUAAUCCGAUGCAAAAGUGUGUGUAAGUCUUGGGAAAAAUUGAUCUCUGACUCUGGUUUCAUUAAAUUCCAUAUGAACUGUAGUUACCAAAUUGAUUACAAAAACAAUGAUAUAGAUAGGAGGAUUGUUAUGUCAAGGGUCUCUUAUCGCAACGGGUCGCGUGUUUGUAAUGUUGAUGACAGAUUCUUUGAUGACCGUGAUUGUCAUCUUCUUGGUUCUUCCAAUGGACUUGUAUGCAUCUCUUCUUUUGCUUCUCAACUUGUAGUAGCUAAUCCCUCAACUAGAGAGGUUCAAACACUACAAGACCCUCAAAUUCAUGAUACCAAACAUUUAUGUUGGGGUUUUGGCUAUGAUUCAUCUACGGAUGAUUACAAGGUUGUAUUAGGGUUCCGUAAACGUGUUGGUUGGACAUGUUUUCAAGUGUUCAGUUUAAAAUCAAAUGUUUGGAAACUAAUUGGAGAUGUUAAGUAUUCGUUUCUUAGUAGGAUUGGUAUCUUAUGCAAUGGGGCACUUCAUUGGAUUAUGAAAGAUUCUUCAUCUCCAAAUAAGAAGAGAGUCAUUACUUCGUUUCGGCUAUCUGAAGAAAAAUUUAUCAAAAUUCCCCAACCUGAUGAUGAGCGAUAUGAAUCUGGUGUUGCUAGCCGCCCAAAUAUGAAUUUAGGUAUUAUGGAAGAUUGUUUAUGCGUAUUUCCUUGUGAUGGGUUUAAUGAUAACUUAUGGAUGCUGAAGAACUACAAUGGAAAGCUGUCUUGGGGUAUGUUUGAAAAGGAGUGUGAGAUGAACUUAGGUUUACAAUGCUUGAAAGAGCAGAAACAUUACAUUCCUAACAAGAGAACUUUGUGUCGUGAUAUGCUGUUCUACAAGACUAGGGAGUAUAUUUGUGCCCCUAUAUAUAUGGAGAGUCUUGUAUCUCCCUAUGUUAAUGGGAGGCCAAAGAGAAAGACACAAGAGAGUAAUAGCAUGAAGAGUUGUAAGGAGCAAGUGGCAAUGUUUGAGGCCGUUGAAGCAGUUUGGAAUUUGGAUGAUAUGGCAUUGGUUGUUCACUCUGCCAUAAAGAUAACUUCUGAUAGUUUUUAG